AUGCAAUAUCCUGCUGAUUUCAUUACACACUACGGCAGUGUGUACUUUGAUGAUGAUGUAGACACAUCUCUCUUCUCGGUGCCUCUGUUCAGAGGUUGUGAUGAGGUCCUUCAAGCUGAUCAUAAUGUUAGUGGUAUCUACACCAUAUUCCCAGCUGGAUUCAAUGAUGGGCUGCAGGUCUACUGUGACAUGGAGACUGAUGGAGGGGGGUGGAUCGUCAUUCAGAGGCGUCUAGAUGGCAGCGUCGACUUCUACCGCAACUGGGCUGACUACCAGGUUGGCUUUGGCAGCUUGUCUGGUGAGUUCUGGCUUGGGAAUGACAACCUACGCAGCCUGACUGAGACUGAAGGUAAGUGGCGACUACGAAUUGACUUAGAGGACUGGGAGAAUAACACGGCCUGGGCUGAAUAUGAUGACUUUCAGAUUCAUGGAGAUAACUACGUACUCCAAGUCAACUCGUACAAUACAAACAGCACUGCAGGAGACUCACUCAUCAGACCACACAAUGGAAUGAUGUUUUCAUCUAAAGACAAAGACAAUGACAACCAUGAUGAUGAAUCCUGUGCCAUAUUGCGUAAAGAUUGCUGUGGUAACCUCCAGCUAACAUUCAUUGCAGCAGACAAUCGUGCACUUACGACAUCUACAUUUAGAGAGGAUCAGAUCAAGUCUGCUGUCCGCUGUGUUAGCUACUGUCAUGCUGAUAACAACUGUCGAUCUGUGAAUUAUCAUAAAACAGAUCAACUUUGUCAAAUGAACAAUCUGACAAGGAUGCAAAAUCCCGAUGAUUUCAUUACACACUACGGCAGUGUGUACUUUGAUGAUGAUGUAUACACAUCUCUCUUCUCUGUGCCUCAGUUCAGAGGUUGUGAUGAGGUCCUUCAAGCUGGUCAUAAUGUGAGUGGUAUCUACACGAUAUUCCCAGCUGGAUUCAAUGAUGCGCUACAGGUCUACUGUGACAUGGAGAAUGAUGGUGGAGGAUGGAUCGUCAUUCAGAGGCGUCAAGAUGGCAGCGUUGACUUCAAUCGCAACUGGGCUGACUACCAGUUUGGCUUUGGCAGCUUGUCUGGUGAGUUCUGGCUGGGGAAUGACAACCUACGCAGCCUGACUGAGACUAAAGGUAAGUGGCAACUACGAAUUGACUUAGAGGACUGGGAGAAUAACACGGCCUGGGCUGAAUAUGAUGACUUUCAGAUUCACGGAAACGACUACAUACUCCGGGUCAACUCAUACAAUACCAACAGCACUGCAAAAGACUCCCUACAAACUCACAGUGGAAUGAUGUUUUCAACAAAAGACAAGGACAAUGAUAAAAUUAGAAAAUCCUGUGCCAUACUUCGUACAGGUGCGUGGUGGUAUACGAAUUGUUAUCGAUCUAAUUUGAAUGGAAGAUUUGGGCAAGGAAAUGAUGUGCGUGAUCAACUUUGUCAAAUGAACAAUCUGACAAGGAUGCAAAAUCCUGCUGAUUUCAUUACACACUACGGCAGUGUGUACUUUGAUGAUGAUGUAGACACAUCUCUCUUCUCGGUGCCUCAGUUCAGAGGUUGUGAUGAGGUCCUUCAAGCUGGUCAUAAGGUGAGUGGUAUCUACACAAUAUUCCCAGCUGGAUUCAAUGAUGGGCUACAGGUCUGCUGUGACAUGGAGACUGAUGGAGGGGGGUGGAUCGUCAUUCAGAGGCGUCAAGAUGGCAGCGUUGACUUCUACCGCAACUGGACUGACUACCAGGUUGGCUUUGGCAGCUUGUCUGGUGAGUUCUGGCUUGGAAAUGACAACCUACGCAGCCUGACUGAGACUGAAGGUCGAUCCUCAGGAUAA